AUGGCAACUUUAGAUAGUGAAAAUAAGCUUAAAGGUCGUAAAGUGUCAUGGACAAAGUUGCAUCGUGUUGAUUCCCUCAACGUGGAGGCUGGAAAAGUUUCUUUGACUCCAUCGGGACACGUAUCAAAGGGUGAUUGGAAGACAUUACUGAGUUUAGCAUUUCAAUCAGUAGGAGUUAUCUAUGGAGACAUAGGGACUUCCCCUCUCUAUGUUUUUUCAAGUACUUUUACUGAUGAAAUUAAACACAAGGAUGACAUUCUUGGUGUAUUGUCCCUCAUUAUAUAUACCAUAACCUUCAUACCUAUGACUAAGUAUGUCUUCACUGUCUUAUGGGCCAAUGAUAAUGGCAAUGGAGGAUCAUUUGCAUUAUAUUCCUUAAUAUGUAGAUAUGCAAAAGUGAGUCUGAUCCCAAAUCAUGAGCCAGAAGAUAGAGAACUUUCACACUAUGAUUUGGACAUUCCAUCAAAUCCAUUUAAAAGAGCUCAAAAAAUCAGACAUAAAUUGGAGAACAGUAUUUUUGCAAAAAUUGGUCUAGUCUUUUUAGCCAUUCUUGGAACAUCUAUGGUCAUUGGUGAUGGAGUUCUCACCCCUUGCAUCUCAGUUCUCUCUUCUGUAAGUGGGAUUAAGCCUCUAGGCCAAGAGUCGAUUAUGUAUAUCUCCAUCGCGAUUUUGGUAGCUCUCUUCUGUUUUCAACGUUUUGGUACGGAUAAAGUUGGAUAUACAUUUGCCCCAGCUAUAAGUGUUUGGUUUUUAUUUAUAAGUGGCAUUGGUCUAUACAAUUUGUUCAAGUAUGAUAUAGGCGUUUUACGCGCUUUUAAUCCCAUGUACAUUUUCCAUUACUUCAAAAGAAAUGGUAAAAAUGGAUGGCUUUCUCUUGGCGGAGUUUUCCUUUGUAUUACAGGUUCUGAAGCUAUGUUUGCUGAUUUGGGUCAUUUUAGUGUGCGAUCCAUUCAAAUAAGCUUUAGUUGCCUCGUAUUUCCAUCAAUCCUCUCUGCUUACAUUGGACAAGCUGCUUAUCUAACGAAAAACCCUGGUGAUGUUGGAAAUGCUUUCUAUGCUUCAGUUCCAGUUGCACUUUACUGGCCAACAUUUGUAGUAGCUGUUGUUGCUGCAAUUAUUGCUAGUCAAGCGAUGAUAUCUGGAGAUUUUUCGAUUGUAGCUCAGGCACACAGUCAAGGUUGUUUUCCAAGGGUGAAAGUCGUUCACACAUCUGAGAAACACGAGGGUCAAGUAUACAUCCCGGAACUCAAUUACUUCCUCAUGAUUGCUUGUGUUUUAGUUACACUUGGCUUCAAAACAACUGAAAAAUUGGGACAUGCUUAUGGUAUUGCUGUGGUUAGUGCUGAACUCAUAACAACACAUAUGGUAACAUUAGUUAUGCUUGUUAUUUGGAAAAUCAGCAUAUGGCGUAUCGCCCUGUUCUAUGUCUAUUUAACGAUAGAAUCAACAUAUCUGUCAGCACAACUCACAAAAUUCGUGGAUGGUGGUUAUCUGCCCAUGACUUUCGCGAUUGUGUUUGUGAUCAUCAUGGGGAUUUGGCAUUAUGUUCAAAAACAAAGAUAUCAUUUCGAGCUCAAUAACAAGGUCUCGAGUGACUACAUAAGGGACUUGGCUUGUAAUCCACACAUCCAAAGAAUACCAGGAAUUGGACUAUUAUACUCUGAAUUAGUACAGGGGAGAAGCAGAAGUAUUAUAGUCCAAUUCCUGGUAUUCUUUUGA